AUGUCAAUUUCGUCAUUCUCACAUAUUCAUUACGUUACAAUAACUUCGAUUUCUCCCUCUUCCUCUUUGAAAAAACUACGACGAUCAAUUGAACAGAAGAUGAAUGCUGAUCCGUGGGCACGUCCGAAGUUCCAACUAUGGAGUGUAAGCGCCGAACCACCAAGAAACACACCGGUGGUUGAAUACGGGAAGGCAAACGAGAAAAGAUUCACCAUUCGUGUUGUUCAUGGUGGGUUCUUUACAGACUACCCAGGUAAGGCGUAUCAACAGACAAAGGUUCACUUUAUUUCUCAAGUGAACAUCGAUUUGAUAAACAUGGAGAUGCUUGGCCGUUUUUCUAGAAGCCUUGGGUAUACAAGUUUGGGGAACUGA